AUGUUCUUUGGCAUUCUGUCAAUCGAACUGGCAGACCCUGGGGGACUCGACUAUAAAGACGAGGUCAUCUCCUCGCACCAGAGCUCAUCACCAACCUUUCAGCCUCGCACUGUCGAACUCUUUCUUCAUCUUCUCAACCUCCCCGAUUCCUUACCACUUCUCCUCCUGCGCAUACACAGCUCGCCUUUUCAUCGAAAUCACCGCGCCGCAAUCAUGAGCGCUGAAAAAUUAUGGCAAAAUCUUGUACUGCUUAUUGACAGGCUAAGCCCCGAUGACCCUAUCAACCCCCGUCCAGUUUACCGCCGCAGCAGGUGCCCCCGAAGAAGCAACUACGAUGGCCCUGCAGACGAUUCUUCCUCGGACGAAGGACCCCUUACCUAUGAGAAGCUUCAGGAGGCCGGUGCUCACUUGGAGCAAGCGAUGGAAGACUCGAGCGUGGUAACGCGUGUUCGCAGAAGCACCAUGACCCUCGACGACCUUGAGAUGUCCCCCGAUUCCUGGGACAUCAAUGUGGAACAGACUCAACGUCUACCAUACGGUUACAGCGAAAAAGAUGUGGCUAAUCUUGAGCUUCCAGACGGCGACUAUACAAGGGUCGUCAUUGACGGUUGGAACCAGGAAACUAACGCGUAUCUGGGUACUACGUGGGAGGGGCGCGCCAAAGAAAGCGUUAUGUUCAUUGAAUGCAUCGCGAGGCACGGAUACGGUCCCUACGCUUCCGAGUUGGGUAUCAUGGCCUACGAACGUGUCGCUCCCUUGCCGACUCUCAAAACUAUCUUUGUCGCUAACGUUAUGAACAAUGAGACCCGCCCUGCUGCCCGUACGAUCUGGUACGGGCCGGAAAUGAAAGUGUUUCAACAGGGAUCUGCUGAUUUUCAAGCUUUCCUUGGUACUGGUAUUGGUAAGUUUGUUGCCUAUACUAUUCUCGGUGCUUUUGGUCAGGGUGUUAAGAAGGUUUCUGCGAUUUCACUUUGGUAUAUUGGUCAGAGGCAGGAUAUUCUGCAGAUGCGCUUCGAUAUCGAGGAUGUUUGA